AUGAAUACCUGGUACGCAAUUUUGUCUAUGUUGGUGAUAUAUAUUGGUGUUGCUGAAUGUAACAAUAAUACGAUACAAGUAUCCAGUGAACGUGCCGCUUCAUAUUGUUAUUUUUGUGGUGCAAAUUGUCCACGACCAUUCUAUCCGUCAAGCCCUUAUGUUAGCCAAGUUCGUUCAACUACAGGCUGGUGUGUGUCAAUGACCACUGCCACUACAUCUUAUCCUUAUACGCUUGGCGUUGCUGUACCCAAUCUUUGCACUUCCAAUGGUUGUUCAUGGAAGAUAUAUAGCGGAGUCAAUACAUGGGUGUGUUGUUGUAAUAACAAUCUAUGCAACGUAGGUUUUCAACCAGCAACGACCCCUAGACCUAGUGUGAAUACCUGUUACUUUUGUUCAACUUGUCCACGCCCGUUCGAUCGGUACAGUUCAUUAGUCACUGAAGUUUCUUCCAGCAAUGGAUGGUGUGCUAAAAUGAGCCUUGCAAGUUCGCGUGAUGCAGUUGCCACUCGCGGUCCAGCUGCAACAGGUGUCUGCACUUCGAGAGGAUGCUCAUGGAAGCUAUACAAUGGAGUUAACACAUAUAUAUGUUGCUGUAAUGGAUUUAGAUGUAAUACCGGUGUUUCUGCAACAAAAUCAACUAUCGGUUUAUUGAGUGCUGCAUUAAUGAUGAUCGUCAUGGCUCGCAAGAAUUUUUAA